AUGAUUUUACCUGCAUUAUGUCUAAUAAUUCCUGCUUUUAUUUCACCUUUUGAAGUAUACCCUCCCACUUUCUUUCGUAUAUUAAAAAUUUAUACUAUAUUAAUGAAUUUAGCUUCAUUUAUUUCAUUUACAUUGUCUAUUUACGAUUAUAUUAAUGAAGGAUAUAAAAUGUAUCUUUAUAAAAGAAAUGAGCAAAUAGUAACUGAGCCAAAGGUAUUAGGAGUUCACCAGGCCUUAGGUUAUACUGUACGAACUUUACAUUAUGCAACAAUAACUUAUGUCUUUUCAGGUGUUAAUACUUAUGAAUGGGUUACUGCAACUAUUCUUUUUUCUGCAACGACAAGUUUAGAUUUUGCUAGAAACAAGCAUCAUGAAGAUUCUUCUUUUAUUUAUAAACUUGAUCAUCUGCCGCAAGAUUUAGCAGCAGAAUGGGGUGACAUGGAAGCUUUUUUAUGGAAAGGUCGAUUAAGAAUUAUAGCUGUUGGCGAGAAAUGUUUUAUUAGAUUGGAAGAUGGUAAUACUGGUGAAUUAUUUGCACAAUGUCUAUAUGAUCCAGAUACUAACUCUGUCGAAGCAGUACGUGAUUCUUCGAGAUAUUUUGUUUUACGUAUUGAGAAUAAUGAUGGUCCAUUCAGACCUCCAUUAAGGUCUAUUGGAGCAACUGCAAACUUGCUUUACGGUCGACGUGCAUUCAUAGGUAUAGGGUUUCAAGAACGAUCAGAGGCGUUCGAUUUUCAAGUAACAUUACAAGAUCAUAUUAAACAUUUAAAGGCAGAGAAAGAAGCGACUGAACACGCCAAAGUUGCUUCAUUGGCACCAAAGAAAGACUAUAGUUUAAAAGAGGGUCAAACGAUUAGUAUUAACCUCGGUCAUUAUAAAUCAAGACAUUCAAGACCUCAAUCGAUUGAUCAUAUUCCAAUAUCAGAAGAAACUGGGGCAAUUCCACUUUUACCACCUCCACCAUCCGUCACAUCUAUUAAGCAAAGAAAUUAUAAAGGAUCAACUCUACCAUCCGUCACAACUUCAAGUAAUGAUUUUGGAGAAUUUAAAGGAUUCGAAGAUUCACUUGGCAAAAUAAACAUUGUCAACAACGAAGAUAGUAUUAUUGAAGAUUCUCUCUUAGAAAAUGAUGAUAAAAUACUUGUCUGA